UAUUCACUUUUCACUUUAUCUUCUUCUUCUAUGCUUAUCACCUACCAAUCAUACAUCCUGUUCUUCUAUGAUUGGUUGUUUUCAGUCACCGUCAGUAGCUUUAUUUCUUUAACGUAAGUUUCAAUCCUCUUUUUCUACAAAUCCCGCCCCUCGCGAUCUACGCUAACACCGAGAAUUGUAAUAUCCAAAUUGAUAUAAAUAGCCACUUUAUGUUUCUUUCUUUCUUUCUUUCCUAUCCAUCAUUCUUUAAAAAGAAAGGUAACAUGGGCUUUUCCUACGGCGGCACCGGAAUUAUAAUCGUGGGAGUUAUUCUGAAUGAUUUUAUGAGAGCUGUUUGUUCUUUUCUUGUUCCAACUCGUUUGUUUGGUGCUUAUUCUUCGGCCGGCAUAAACAAGAAGAUUCCAAUGGACGAUAUGCUUCCGGCGACGAAGUUCAAGGAUAUGUCACGGGUGGAUCCGCCGGAGAGCUGCCGGAUAUGUCAAGAUGAGUUCGAUGGUGGCGACCAGGUCCGGUGUUUAAGGAACUGCGUUCAUGUUUUUCACAAGACGUGUAUUGACCGUUGGAUCCAUGACGAUAAAAUGACAUGUCCUUUGUGUAGAACCCCAAUAAUUCCUGAUUUCUAUUUUCUUCGCUUGUAAAAAUUUUAAAUAGCUAAAAUUAAAAAGAGAUACGAUAAUCGUUAGAAACAAAA